ACACUCACCUCGAACUGGUUAGGCGCUCAACAAUCUCACUCAUCACCUCACCCCACACUCCUUCAACCAUGCGCGGACUCCGCCGAGCACUUGCGCUCGCGCUUUUGGUCCCCUCUGCCCUCGCAAAGCUCGACAUCAGCGGCGCGCGCGCCGUUGUCACGGGAAAUAACGGCGCCGAGAAGGCGUAUGCCAUCGAAAAUGGCAAGUGGUCCGAGCCGGUGGCCCUCUCUCCCGCCGCAACCCUCAAGCUUACCUUCACCGUGACGGACGGCGGCUCCGGCGUGGCCCCGCAGCAGGCCUUCAUCGUGUUCCGGGAUACGCAGGAUGAUGAGGCGGCUCCAGUAACCCUCCAGCUGGGCGCCAAGCCGACGGGCAAGACGACAUACUACAUGGACACGUCCAAGAUCCCGUCGCAGCUCGCGCACACCUCUGGCGCGCUCGAGGCGUCGCUUGUCCUCUCGCACAACGGCGAGGGAUACAAGACGACGCUCGGCGCGCUCUCGCUCCCCGAGUCGUCGCUGUUGGAGAAGCCCGCGGCGCCGACGAUCGGGAACGGCAUCGCGUUCGCCCCCCAGCCCGAAAUCACGCACACGUUCCGCCCCGACGAGAAGGAGAUCCCCGUGAUCAAGGCCAGUCUCGGCGCGUUCGCCGUCAUGGCCCCGUGGAUGACGCUGCUCGCCCUCGUCGGCGCGGUCUGGCCCAGCUUCACUGUCAAGACGCCCCCGACGAUGAUGUACGCGUGGUUUGCGUGUCUCGUCGCACUCGAGGCGCUCAUCCUCCGCUAUUGGAUCGGAUUGCGGCUGUAUCAGCUCCUGCCCCCGUUCAUCGUGCUGGGCGCCAUCACGGCGUAUGUCGGCACCGUGGCGCUGCGCGCUGCGCGCGUUGAGCGCCUCAAGGCUGGCGGCACGCCCUAGCCAGAUAAAAGGCAUGCAUCUCUAGACAGCA